CGAAGAGUGGAAGCGGCCUCCGCGCUCGCUCACUCGCCCGGAGCCGACCUGGACGGCGACCAUGGCCGGCAUCGUCGCCGGCGGCGGCAUCGCGUCGGCUCACGCGCGAUGCCGCCCGCGCGCGCGCGCCCGAAACCCCGCGCGCCCGAGCCUCGCGCGCGCGCCCGCCGUCGACUCGCAUCCGGGGUCGCCAGCUGUGCCAGCUCAUCACCAGAGGCGGACGACGAUCGCGCGCGCGAGUUUCGGCGACCCCGGAUACUGGGACGACGUCAUCUCGCUGAUGACCCCGAGCGUCAGCGUCAACCUCGGUCCCGAGUCCCUCGCCGCGCUCGCCAUCGGCGGAGUUCUCGUCCUCGGACACAGCUGGGAGAGCAUCGAGGCCAGCCGCGGGUGGCGCAGCGCCAAGGCUCGGAAGGAGAAGGUCGAAGCCGCCAACGCGACGACCGCGACGUCUUCGUCGUCCACCGCCGCCGCCGGCACGACGAAAAAGCCGAGGACGACCGCCGCGGCCAAGCCAAUGACCAAGGCGGAGCGCGAGGCCGCCGUCGCGGAGGCCAAGGCGGAGCGAGCCGCCGAGCUGAAUCGACGAAGAGCCGACCCGCCCCAGCCCGUCGACGAGUGCGAGAUCGUCGUGUGCACCAACAACGCGUGCGCCAAGAGGGGUGCGAGGGAGCUCAAGGCUGAGCUCGAGCGCGCGGUGGGUGCCACCGCGGCUCCGAACGGAUCGAACCGCGGUGCGCGGUGCGUCGUGAAGGGCGCGAGGUGCAUGGACGCGUGCGGCGCGGGAUGCGUGGUGAGAGUCGUCGGCGUCGCGGGUCUGGAGACGCAUCUACUUGUCGACGCAUCCGAGGCGGGCGUCGUGGCGGAGCUCGCGACGGGGCGGGCGGCUGUAGACGUCUCUCUCUGAGGUUUCUCUCUCUGCGAACGCGCGCGACGACGGCACGAGCGUGGGCUGGGCUUUGUCGUGUAGUGCCACCGGUAAGAUUAGCGUGGAGUUCUUCGCGUGAGUUUUUAAUAAGGUUCACAUCCGCACGGCUCUUC